UUGCAUUCCCCAAUGUCUAUAAAUAUCAAACCUCCUCAAUACAAGGAUUUCAAGAAUUACAACAGGAUUUUCAAGGGAAAAGCCAAAGCAGAGCACAAAACAGAGCAUACUCUGUUCCUUCCUCUUGUCACUUUCUUGGACAUCCACUGUCCUUCCACUCUCUUUUUCUUAAUGCUCUCAAAAGGAAUUCAAGAUAAAGUGCAAAUUCCACAGGCACCAAGCUAGAGAGUUCACUCAAUCUCAGCAGAUUGAUUCCAAGUUUCCAACAGAGAAUGGAUUCAUUUGACAUCAAAUCCGAGAAGGCCAACGCAAUCAAGAAGCACCGACAACGUCGUCAAAAGAUUGGGAGUUUUUUCAGGCUGCUUGAGGUGUUAAUUGUUCUGGUUCUGAUUUCCAAGGUCACUGAUCACCUUCCAAUUUCUGUCAAUUUUUCCAGAGACCACUUCAAGGACUUGUCCAUGGCUGUUGUGAGUCCCAGCUUCGUGUUUGUAAUCGGAAACAUUAUAGUCCUCAUUCUCUUUGUAAAAUGCAAUCAGUUUUCUGCUCAAGAUUCUGCGAAAAGUAGUCCGAAAACCGACUUCUACGAAGAGUUCUUGGAGAGAAGUGAGCGAAGCCAGAGCAUAUACAGAGACGAAAACAGAGAAAAACAGAGCACACUUGAAGAGGCGAAUAUUGUAACCGAAGACACACACCCCUGUGCCUUGGAAUUCAAGCAAUAUAGAAGAAGUCAAUCGGAGAAAUCAAAGACUGUGAAUUGCGAUAAGUCGAACAAGGAAUUAAGACGGACGGUGACCGAGAAAGGCAGGGGAUUGGCAAAGAAGUCAUACCCAGAAGACAACAUGAGCAAUGAAGAAUUCAGACAAACAGUUGAGGCUUUCAUUGCUAGGAAACAGAGGCUUAUAAGGGAAGAAGAGCUUUGUGUACAUUAGUAUUACUUACAGCACUUUUUUGGCUUGUUUGUGUACAUUGCUAUAUCAUAAAUGCAAUCUAUAUUUCCUCUUUUGUUCAAAUCUUGUUCUUGAUAAUACAUAUGAACAAAUUGUCAGUACUCAUUUACACUUUUGUGUUCAAUUUUGAUGAUUUGAUCUUGA